GUCGCCAGAGGCGUCUACAUCUACUUCCUGGCAAAGAUAUCCGAACUGCUAGAUACAGUUUUCUUCGUCAUCAGGAAAAAAGAGCGGCAGAUCACGUUCCUCCAUUUGUACCACCACACAGUCAUGCCGAUGAUCUCGUGGGGGGCCACGAAGUACUACCCCGGGGGUCACGGGACCCUCAUAGGGGUCAUCAACUCGUUCGUCCACAUCAUCAUGUACACGUACUACAUGUUGGCAGCCAUGGGACCCCAGUAUCAGAAGUUUUUGUUUUGGAAACGGCAUAUUACAACUUUGCAAAUGCAUGGAUCGCCAUCUGCACCAUUUGAUUAG